UCCACUUGCUGUGCUCCACGUCACUUUCAGGGGCCAUCUUGCUGCGGGAGAGCGCCGCUACAGUUCCGUACCUAUGCAGGAGUCAUGCACAUGAGUGUGUAAAUAACGAAACUUGGGUUGAGGUGAUCAAUCCAUAGAAGUUACUGCGAUGGAAGCUGAAACAGAAGUUGAGAAGGAGAACAACAGUUGUAUUGAAUCUGAUGAGAAGGAGAAGAGCAGCUGUAGUGAAACUGGUGAUAGCAACACACAGCCUGUAGAAGCAGGAGAGGCAGAACAUGCAGCCGAUGUGGAAGAUGCUUGCUCUCAGGCUUCAGUCAGCAAUGGAUCUGACUCUACUACUGACAAGGAACUGGUAGACCUAAAGAUAAUUUGGAAUAAAAAUAAGUACGAUGUGAAGUUGCCUUUGGAUAGCACUGGAACAAACCUGAAAGAAAAGAUUCAUGCACUUACAGGUCUUCCACCAGCUAUGCAAAAAGUCAUGUACAAGGGACUUAUUCCAGAAGACAAAACGUUACGAGAAAUCAAAGUAACUAGUGGUGCAAAAAUAAUGGUUGUCGGCUCAACGAUUAAUGAUGUGCUAGCAGUGAAUACACCAAAAGAAGUAAUUCAGCAAGAAGUGAAGGCAGAAGAAAACAAAAAAGAACCUGUCUGUAGGCAAAAGCAACACAGAAAAGUAUUAGAUAAAGGAAAACCAGAUGAUGUGAUGCCUGCCAUUAAAGGUGUACAGGAGCGGCUACCAACAGUACCUUUAGCAGGCAUGUACAACAAGUCGGGAGGAAAAGUGAGAUUAACAUUUAAACUAGAACAAGACCAGCUCUGGAUUGGUACCAAAGAGAGAACAGAAAAAGUACCAAUGGGCUCUAUUAAAAAUGUGAUUAGUGAACCUAUAGAAGGGCAUGAAGACUAUUAUAUGGUGGCAUUUCAGCUUGGUCCUACAGAAGCUUCUUACUACUGGGUCUACUGGGUGCCCACACAAUAUGUUGAUGCAAUCAAGGACACUAUUCUUGGCAAAUGGCAGUAUUUUUGAACACCCUCCACCUCUGGCAAAGAAUGAACAAUCUAAGGACAUUAGUUGGAAUGACAUAUACUGCUUUCUGGAGCUGACAAGACUGGCUUUAAAAAUGAGAUGUUAUAAGGUGUGCCAGAGGUGAUGUGCUGCCUUUGUACAUUAACUGUUUUAAUGUUAAAGUUGCAAUAUCCCCUUAUAUUGCUCAUCUUGAGCCUUCUGAAAAUACAGAGUAAUGGAAAUCUUUAAGAUACCUUAUUUCAGAUACCAGUGUAAGUAUUCUACAAAUGUCUUCUGAACUCAGAUCUAAUGUUAUAUCCACUGUUGCACUACCAGAGCAAUUAUAAGUCUGAGCUCUUAAUAUUGUCUAGGAAAGCACUUUUUUGUUAACACACAGCAUCACUACUUUGUGGAGAUCUUACUGUUAGAAGCAGAAAUAGUGUGCAAAACUGUUUUCUCUUUCCAAAUUCAACAUUUUUUCAUUUGUACGUCUAUAUGCAAAGUGUUACAAAACUUAUGGUAAGAUAUUUUGAUGCAGUCACUUUGUGUCGAAACAAGUAUCCAGAAGAUAUUUAAACAACUUCAUACCUUCUGCAUUUGUUCUCUAGUCCUUUGAUGCCAAAAACAAGUUGUAAUGUAGGUGUGAGUUUGUCUUACAUUCCUUUACUUACACAGUAGUGCUUGAUUUUGAACUUCAGUGUUUUGACUUCAUAAAAUCAGUCUGAAUGAACUUUAUACUUGGCUUUUUUUCAUUUGUUGGGUCCAUUUGCCUGGAAUACUCAACUACAGUAGUAUUCUGACAACAAAACUGCUGCUUUCUGUUUAUUUAGUUGUAUUGGUACACUAAAGAAAGUAGCACUUUGGGAUUGCGGCAUUGGUUUUUAGAACAAAACAACUCAAAAUGUUUUUCUUGCUGAGUGUUUUUCAUAUUUACAGCAGCAGUUUGUUAGCCGGUUGCAGGUUUCCUUUUCUUUGGUUGAGUAAUCUGUGCACAUUGCCAUUUUCGCUGUUGCUUAGAUUUUGUUGUUUUUUUUUUUUUUUUUUUUUUUGCAGUGAAACUUGAUUAUCUUUGUUGUAUUUUUUUUUUAAUCUCUUCCAUUAGAUUGCUGUUAAGACUUUUCAGAUUGCUGCUCAUGCUUCUAUGAAGUGAGUGCAUGGUGACGGUCCACUGCUUACUUCAGCAGACUGAAUUUUGUCAUUGUACAUUUGAAAAGGGAAGCUUUCUUUUUAAUCAAGAUAUUUCCUUCCUUGGAAGUUGGCUGGAAAAAUCUACUAGACUGACGCUGCUAAGUUUUUGUUAAUGCUGAAUUCUCCAGAUUAUUUCCUUUUGUUUCAUAAACUGCUGCUUUAAAUAUUACAUUCAAGACUGUAAAACUGGCAAAGCUAAGGCAGGCCUGCAAGGACUCCCCUUCUUCCAAAAAGCAGUUCUUUUACCUGUAAAGUUAGAUUUCUACAGGAAACAGUCACUUAAGAAAUUAAAUUAUGUAGUGUCUGUUGUUUUAAGUAAUUUAUUUAAGUAUUUUAUUUAAUCAUUUAUUUAAACUACUACAUUAGCCAUAUUAAAUAUUAAUUGGUGGAGAAUGUAACUUAGAGCUGUUUGCAAAGGGAUAUUGCAACUUUAAAAUGUAAUUCAGGAAGCAUAGCAAACCUAAAAUUGUAAACAUGCAAUACAUUAGAUUGUUUUCUAACACUGCAGUAGUAUUAAACUGUGUGAAAUUAAUUUGACAUUUUUAUUUUCCACAGUUUCUGUCUACAGAAUAAUUAUUUUAUUUAAGGGCCAAAGAAUUGUAUUUGUUUGCCAUACUGUUUGACAAGUUGCCAUACUCACAUGGUACUUAGCGUUUUUUCUUACCCGAGGGUGUAACAUUUAGGCAGUUUGUAAAAUAGCCAGCCUUCAGAUUACUGAGCCAUAUAUAUAUAUAUAUAUAUAUAUAUAUAUAUAUAUAUAUAUAUAUAUAUAUAUAUAUCCCAGGAUAUGAGUGUGGAUUUUACUCAGGCACAGGUUUGCAUAAAUAACAGUUUGUCUUCAGAACGUGUUACUAGCAGAAUGAUUCUGCUAAUCUGUGGUAUGUACUUUGAAGUGUUCUGAUGGCAUUCAUUUGUGUCAUGUUCAUCUGUUGGAUUAUUACAAAAGUUAAUGGCCCGACUGAGUUAAUUAUAACUACCACUGCAAGAGACUGAAAAUCAUUUAAGCACCAUAUGUCUUGUGCUUCUGUGAAACUCGCUGCCUGUUUAAAAAGGUUAAAAAAUGGAAGGAGAAUUUGGUUUGUUACAUUUGCACUGCUGAAUUUGGAUUUUGUAGUAUUAACCUAAAUUAGUUACCUUAUUGUUAAAUUCUUAGGUAUUAGUCCUGCAAAUUAAAGUUUGAUACUUUUACUAUU